GUCCCUUGUUUUGCUUCAAGUAACUCUCCUCCCCUGUGCUAACCUUCGCUGUGGCUUUCUCGCACAUUCUCUCUCUCUGUCACGACAAACUGCAAACGCCAAACCUCACAACACGGUGAUGUCAGGCACACGGACCAUUUGAGCUUUGCAAAUCCUGAUUGGCUGUUGUUUCAUCAUUUGGACCUCACCGCCACGCCCAAGCUACCAGACGCCCAAGUUGCGUAGCUCCGUCGAUAUUUUCCAGUCAUCUACUGUGGUGUUUGAACAUUCAUUGAAGCUGUCGCCACGAUGACCGACACACCGCAGACAACGGCGGGUGCCAACCCCAAGGAAGCCAGGGUCCUAGAGCAGCAUCUAGACCCAAGCUUCGACUUCUCAGAGUUUGACCCAGCAACGCCAGCGGCAGAAGAGGGCGCGGAUAACGCCUCCAACUCGGGCGACCGCCAGCUUCCGGAAUCAUCGUUGAGGUUACAGGGUGGCGACAUCCACCGUGACCUGUACAAGAUUGCCGCCCAGAACAGACGGCAAAAGUUGCAUCAACGAGCAGCAACCUUUUCUGAUGCAGUCCACUUUGGCCGCAACCCUGCGCCGUCUAUUUCAGACGUCGACCAUGACGAACUUCCCGUUCGCGACCAGCUUGCGCCCGGUGGCCUGAGACGCCAAUACUUACAACGACAAAGCAAGCGUGUCAGUUACAUCUCGGAGCCUGUGACGCGAAACUUCAUUUCGUUCCUUGAGUUGUAUGGCCAAUUCGCUGGUGAAGAUCUCGAUGAAGAUUCGUCGGAUGCGGAAUCUGCCGUUGAGGACGAAGAUGAGGGGCAAGGCGAGCGCAGACCACUUCUCGGACGAAGACAGAGCUCGAAGAGAUUGAGGGCUCAGGGUGAUGCGGACCAAGUCAAGACCUUCUUUACUCUCCUAAAGGCGUUCAUCGGUACUGGAAUCAUGUUCUUGCCCAAGGCCUUCAAGAACGGCGGAAUGCUGUUUUCGUCGAUCACCAUGAUCAUGGUUUCUGCCAUUACAGCGCUGUGUUUCGAGUUACUGCUCGCGACAAGAAAGAGAUAUGGUGGUGGUGGUUAUGGUGACCUGGGUUCUAUCGUUGUGGGACCGAGAUUCCGUGCCCUCAUCCUGGUCUCCAUCACGCUCUCGCAAAUCGGAUUCGUAUGCGCUGGUCUCAUUUUCACUGCGGACAACCUUCGAUCAUUCCUGGAUGCUGUCACACACGCUGAGGAGCCCCUUUCAACCAAUGCGCUCAUUGGUAUCCAGAUCGCUGUCCUGAUACCCAUGUCCUUCAUCCGAAACAUCUCCAAGCUUGGACCCGCCGCCCUUCUCGCCGAUGUGUUCAUUCUCAUCGGCUUGACGUACAUCUACUGGUACGACAUCUCAUGGAUCUCCAAGAUGGGCGGUUUCCACCCAUCAAUCGAACUCUUCAACCCUCGCGACUUCACAUUGACUAUCGGCUCUGCCAUCUUCACCUUCGAGGGUAUUGGCCUUAUCCUUCCCAUCCAGUCCAGCAUGAAGGAGCCCGAGCACUUCAGCAAGCUCCUCUACAUCGUCAUGCUCAUCAUCACCGUCAUUUUCACGUCCGUCGGUGUCCUCUGCUACGGAACCUUUGGAGAGAACGUCUCCGUCGAGGUCAUCACCAACUUCCCCCAGACCAGCAAGCUCGUCAACGCCGUCCAGUUCCUCUACUCCAUGGCCGUUCUCGUCGGUACUCCGGUGCAACUCUUCCCCGCUAUGCGUAACAUUGAGCUCAAGAUCUUUGGUCGCGCAUCCGGCAAGCAGAGCAACAUGACCAAGUGGAAGAAGAACGCCUUCAGGACUUGUCUCGUCAUUCUUUGCGGUGCCAUCGCUAUCCUAGGAGCUAGCGAUCUCGACAAGUUCGUUGCGCUCAUUGGAAGCUUUGCCUGUGUGCCUCUGGUGUACAUCUACCCUGCUUACCUGCACUACAAGGGUGUUGCCAACCGUCCUUGGGAGAAGUUCGGUGACAUCUCCAUGAUGGUUAUCGGAGUUGUUGCCAUGGUGUACACCACCAGCAUCACACUCGCUAGGUGGUCUGAGACUUAGGAGAAGGAAGCGGGGGUGGUUGGAAGAGUGUAGAAAAGUCCUUUAUAGUACGGUGGAAGUAGCGUCACAUUGCAUAAUUUGUUUCUGGCACGGCGUUCAGGUGGGCGGGUGAACGGGAUGUCUUGUAUGGGAUUUUUAACGCGCGCAUGUUACAGUUACGUGUAACGAUAAUGGCAUAUAAGUACGAAUUCG